GUAAAAUAUUUUCUUAAAAAAUUUUUUUUUCUUGUUAUUUUUUUGUUAUAAAUUUUUUUUGCAGAAUUUUGGAUUAAAAAAAAUGUCUUUUUUUUUGAGUUUUAGAGGAAAAAAAUGUGUUUGUGGAAUUUUCCAAGAGAAAAAUGGACAAACUGCGACAAUAGAAAAUUUAAAAUAGUGUGGAAAUUUCCUGGAAGCGGAAGUAACCAGGAAACCUUAAUUAGUUAAGCAGAUGGAGCUUUUUGUCUCUUCGAAUGUGUGCUGCUGACUCGUUUUUAUUAGAUGUAAUGCGAAACUCUGCAUCUGGCUUCACUUGUUAUGUGGGAGUUCUCGCGCACACGUGCACAAUUUUUGCACUCAGGGCUGUAAAAUUUUUUUCCAAAAUUAAAAAAAAAAAAAAAGGGAAAGAAAAAAAAAUUUCUCAAAACUACAGAUUUUUUUUUUAAUUUAGAAAAAUAUUUUUUCUUUCCUUUUUUUAAAUACUUUUUGAUUAAUUUUUUUCCCCCACCAAUUUUGAGAAAAUACGGUUCAGUAAUCUGGAGGGCAUAUAUCACACAUCCGGUGAACACGUGUGUAAAGAAGGCGCAUUCAGGGGGUGCUCCAGAAAUGUAGGAUAGAAAUUGUAUGAAUAAAAGUGGGGAUAUUGUAGAAAAGAACUCGCCGGCGAGACCCCAAGUCUGUUGACCGGCUGACUCAUUCAUAAAUCGUCAGUCUUCUUGAGUUUAUAUAUAUAUGCCGCCACUAUCAACGCGCAUUGUCAAUUUGAAAUUCUUUUCACGGAUUUAAAGUGCUUUCAAAAAAAAAACUACCAGAAGGAUUAUUAUUUAUUAUAUUAUAAUGACAUCAAAAAGCAGAGAAAUUCCUGCCAAACAACGAUAUCAGGCAAAUGCUCGUGAACGAGACAGAACUCACAGGUGUCAAUCUCAAGAAAUCCAAUCUUCACUCUGCAGUGUAAAUACAGCGUUCAGUACAUUGAGGACACUAAUUCCAACAGAGCCUGCCGAUAGGAAAUUAUCAAAAAUUGAAACAUUGAGAUUGGCCAGUAGUUAUAUCAAUCAUUUGGGUGCAGUUUUAGUUGCUGGCGCUAUUGAUCAACCAUGUUUAAAAAAUGAAAAACAUAAUUAUCAAAUUAAUGAUUGGAAGGAAUCAACAAAAAGGCCACAAGUCUGUACAUUUUGCCUCUCAAAUCACAAAAAAUGUAAUUUAAAUUUGAUGACACCAGUGGUUUCAGAUAGAAAAAAUGUGGAAAAUACAUCGUACGCAAUUCACUCUUUUAAUUAUUACAAGAUGGACUAAAAUGAAAAUUAAUAAUAAUUAAUUAAAUUUAAUUAGGUGUAAAUUCAACGAAAUUUUGUACAUAACUAUUGUAAAUAUUAGCAUUCAUUUUUUUUCAAUUUUAUAAUUAAUUUUAAGAAUUUUUUAAAUUGUAUUAUAAAGUACAAUUUGAAAAAAUAAAUAUUGUAAAUUCUGUAAA